GAGCUGGUCCUUGUUUGAGGAAGCCGUGGCUUGUUCAAGAAGCUGCUCAGGGUCUGAGGACUUACCCAGCAUGCCCAAUCAAGGAGAAGAUUGCUAUUUUUUUUUCUAUUCUACGUGUACCAAAGGUGACAGCUGCCCAUUCCGUCACUGUGAGGCCGCGCUAGGAAAUGAAACUGUUUGCACCUUAUGGCAAGAAGGGCGCUGUUUUCGACAAGUAUGCAGGUUUCGGCACAUGGAGAUUGAUAAAAAGCGUAGUGAAAUUCCUUGUUAUUGGGAAAACCAGCCAUUGGGAUGUCAGAAACUGAACUGUGCUUUCCAUCACACCAGAGGACGUUACGUUGACGGCCUUUUCCUACCUCCAAGCAAAACUGUUUUGCCCACUGUGCCUGAGUCUCCAGAAGAGGAAGUGAAGACUAGCCAGCUCACAGCUCAGCAGAGCAAGCUGCCCGUCCAGUCCAACCCAUGCCCUCAGCUGCGGAGUGUUAUGAAAGUAGAAAGUUCUGAAAACGUUCCUAGCCCCACACAUCCCCCAGUUGUAAUCAAUGCUGCAGAUGAUGAUGAAGAUGAUGAUGAUCAAUAUUCUGAGGAGGGUGAUGAAACCAAGACCCCCACCCUGCAGCCAAUUCCUGAAGUCCAUAAUGGAUUACGGGUGGCUUCUACCCGGAAACCCGGGGCUAGUUUAAAGCAAGGUGAAUGUUUGAAUUUUGGCAUAAAAACUCUUGAGGAAAUUAAAUCAAAGAAAAUGAAGGAAAAAUCCAAGAAGCAAGGAGAAGGUUCUUCCGGAGUUUCCAGUGUUUUACUCCAGCCUCAGCCCAUUCCAGGUCCUGAAAAAGAAAAUGUCCGGACCGUGGUGAGGACAGUGACUCUCUCCAGCAAACAAGGAGAAGAACCAUUGGUCAGACUGAGUCUUACGGAGAGACUAGGGAAACGAAAAUUCUCAGCAGGUGGUGACAGUGACCCUCCCUUAAAGCGAAGCCUUGCUCAGAGGCUGGGAAAGAGAAUUGAAGCUCCAGAAACAAAUGCUGACAAAGCACCAAAGAGAGUACAAGUACCCAAGUCUCUCAAGGAGCGGUUAGGCACAUCGGCUGGUCCAGACAACGAGGAGGUGACCGAAAGAGUUAAUAAAGUUGGUGAAAUCCACGUGAAGACAUUAGAAGAAAUUCUUCUUGAAAGAGCCAAUCAGAAACGUGGAGAAUUGCAAACCAAACUCAAGUCGGAAGGAUCAUGCAAAGCUGAUGAUUCUGCUUCAGGAGCGAGGAGCUCCUCCACUAUUCGAAUUAAAACCUUCUCAGAGGUCCUGGCUGAAAAAAAACACCGGCAGCAGGAGACAGACAAACAGAAAAGCAGAAAGGAUACUGCUUGCAUCAAGUUGAAGACUGAUGGUGAAACUAAAAAAGCCGUGGUUCUGCCACCCGGAGUGGCCAGCAGAGAACCGGCGGAGGAGCCUGCAGGUAGAGCCAAGUCAAUGCAGGAGGUGCACAUUAAGACACUGGAGGAGAUUAAGCUGGAGAAGGCCCUGAGGGUGCAGCAGAGCGCCAAGAGCAGUGCCAGCACCCAGCCACAACCCGAGGCCACACCGGGGACCCGGCGGCUGCUGCGAAUCGCCAAGAGGACAGGUACGAAGGAAGAGAGGAAACUUCAGGAAGGAAGUGAAGUUGCUUCCCAAAGGAGUAUUAAUAGAACAGAGCCUAAGGAGGCUUCAGAUGAAGCCAUAGGAGUUGACAGCACGACAAUUCAAGACAAGAGAUGGGAACCCAACAAAGAAAAGCACGCGCAGAAGCAGCAGGAGGGAGCGUCCCAGAGGGAGAAGUCUGUCUUGACGCAGAUUCAGGGAGUGACCUCCGGCAAUACAGCAGGAGUGGAGCCGCCAGUGCUCCCUUCUGUACCAGGUGGUCCUCAGCACCUGACCAAGCGACUUCCCACAAAAGUGGUCCAGAAGAUGGAGGUGGAAGCCUUAGGGACCGGGGACUCAAUCCUGAAUGUGAAAUGUGCAGCACAGACCUUGGAAAAAAGGGGGAAAGUUAAACCCAAGGUGAACGUGAAGCCGUCUGUGGUUACAAUUGUUUCCCCCUCCAAGUUGGCUCCAAAACGCAAGGCCUUGGAGAUGUACCCUGCUGUGGUGGCUGUGAAGCCCCUCAGUUCCAGCAGCGGCCUGGAGGAGACCCCAGCCAAGAAAGCAGCAGUGGCUGUCGUCCCACUCCUUUUGGAGGAAAAAUCAGUCGCUGUGCCUGAGACAGAAAAGCCUAGAGACAGUCUUGCGCUGCCUCCAGCUCAAGCCUCCUCAGAGCCCCCACCCCCAGAAGGAUCUGGUCCCUCCUCAUCCCAAGGGGCCACAAAAACUCGCCGGCUCAGCUCUGCCUCAGCAGGGAAGCCCCCGCUGUCUGUGGAGGAUGAUUUUGAGAAACUAAUAUGGGAAAUUUCCGGAGGCAAAUUGGAGGCAGAGAUCGACCUGGACCCAGGGAAGGAUGAAGAUGACCUUCUUCUUGAGCUGUCAGAAAUGAUUGACAGCUGAAAGCGGCAGAGAACACUUUGCAAAAGCUCAUCAAUCAACUGGACUUCACCUUAUCUAUUACAACAUUUACCAGAAAUGAUUAUUUCUUUAGUCUAGAAUUUGCCCCAAAUCAGAAGUAUACCUCUGAAUUACCUGUAUGUGUCCUGGAUUCCUUGGGGUCAGAUUUUUAAAAGUCCCUUGAUAACUGUUUUGUCCACUUGAUGCCAUUGUCAGGCAUCUCUGAGAACAAGUUCUGCCCUACGCUGCGCUCCACAGCAGGAGACUGAGUGGGAGAUCCAUGCAGAAGGGUGCAGAGAAACCUAGAGACUCCUUGAGGUGUUCCUCAGCUUCGGCUGUUUGGCCCUUUGUUGUAUCAUUUGUGUAUCAUCGUGAUGUACUUGAUGUUACCUGAUUUUGACAUGGAUGAGGACAGCUGCUACUUUUAAGGACCAAAUCACAUGCCACCACUAAACAAACAAACCCACACAGUCUGUGUUAAAUUGUGUCUUUUUAAAGGUGUUUGGAGAUUCCAGCAAGCUUUAAAGAGGGCGGAGCAACUCCAGACACCCUGUGACAGACACACAGCUCUGUGGGCCUGGUGCCACCGCCGCUGCCCUACGCCUCUGAAGAGCAAUAGCUAACCUAUUAUUAUUAUUAUUACUAUUAUUAUUAUUAUUACUGUAAUUUUUUAAGGCUUAAAAGUGCCUCGGGGGUCCCCUGAAACUAAUUUUCUAUUUCUGGGGUACCCUAGAUUCUUUGUAAGGGACGGUGAUGUGUUAGAGGAACUAUUUCUUAGUGUGGACACUGUCCCUUCCCUUUAAUACU